AUGUCCGAGGAGACGCAGGAGGCUGCUGGCUCAGCAGAGCCAGCAUGCGUGCUCUGUGGUCAGGCAGAUGCUCAACCAGACAUCUAUGGGCGCCAAAUUGUGGUGGAUGGGAUAUAUUUCCAUGCAUUUUGCUGGCUCUGCUUCAUCUGUGGCAAGAGGGGGGCCACCAUCAACUGUGCAGAGAUGGGCUGUGACCGCAGCUUCCAUCUCCCCUGCGCCUCAGAGGGUGAAUGCAUCACCCAGUACUUUGAAGAGUACAGGUCCUUCUGCAGGGAGCACAUCCCACGGCAUGCAGUGGAGGCAACACCAAUGCAGGACACAACCUGCAUCAUCUGCAUGGAGCCCGUGGGGGACAGCAGGUCUUACAGCACCAUGGUGUGCCCAGCCUGCCGACAUGCCUGGUUCCACCGGGCCUGCAUCCAGGUAGGCGCCCUCCCCUUCCCAGCAGGCACAGCAGGUACUCAGCAGCACCAGACCCAGCUCACGCUCACACUGCUUAUAUUUCUGUUGCAGGGAAUGGCCCUGAACACUGGGCUUCACUGCUUCCAGUGUCCUCUGUGCAGAGACUCAGACCUGUUUCUGAUAGACAUGCUCACCAUGGGGAUCCGAAUCCCAAAUAGACAACCAGCGUGGGAGGACAGCGAUGCCUACAUGUCUCUUGGAGUCAGGCACCGGCGCUGUGAUGCCAGUGACUGCCGUUACCCCGGUGGCAGGGAGCAGGCAGAGAGAGUCGGGCCCUGGCAGCUGCUCCUCUGCAGCUCCUGUGCCGCACAAGGCACUCACCGGUGCUGCUCCAACUUGAGCGACAGCACAACCAGCUGGGAGUGCAACGCCUGUGCUGGAGAGGGCACCGCUUCCAGCACCAAUUUGGACACUGCUGGCCCCAACACCAUCAGCCAGCAGGGACUGGGGCCAUCCCAAGGCCCCAUAGGACAGGACAACAGCAGCUCUGGCACCACCAACCAACCAGAUCACAAUUCCCAGGUGCCUGAGCUGCUCUCCAGGCAGACACAGCGGGCCCGGACUCGAAGCCGCUCGCCUCUGGAACAUCGGGCUGCAGAUAACAACAGCCAGCCCCAAAGACGCCGCAGGAGCCGGUCCAGGCGGCGACGGCCAGCCCGGGGGCGAAGCCGCUCCCGGGUUCCACGUCGGGCCCAGAACAUCAACCGCCGGCCCCACUGAUGUUGAGGGAGCUGCUGCAUGCAAGCUCCAAUUGCUAUCCAAAGUCAUCCA